AUGGGAAAAGACAAGUCCGAAAAGAAAGAAAAGAAGGAGAAGAAGGAAAAGAAGCGCUCCGAAACCGACGGCGUCCACAAGCAAAAGAAAGAGAAGAAGGAAAAGAAGUUGUCAGAAGUCGUCGAAAAGGAACUCACAGCCCAAGUCCUUGAAGGAUUGGAGAAGAAGAAAGAUGUCUCGGAGGGGGCUGUUGUCAAUGGCACAAUCGCAGAAGUCACCGUAAAGCCAAUUGGUGCUUUGGUACCGUUUGCCAAUCCAUUGGCAGAGGAUAAGACUGCUAAGAAGGUGUUUAAGACGGUGAAGAAGGCCGCAGUCAACAAAUCCCUCAAACGAGGCGUCAAAGAAGUUGUCAAAGCCCUCCGCAAAUCUCCCACUCCAGCAGCGAACGCACCCAUCACAGACCCUGUUGGCGUCGUCAUUCUCGCAGCAGACAUUUCCCCUCUCGAUGUUAUCAGCCAUAUCCCCGUCCUAUGCGAGGAUCACGGUAUCCCCUAUGUUUUCGUCACGUCGCGCGCCGAACUCGGUGCUGCCGGAGCUACCAAGAGGCCUACAAGUGUAGUUAUGGUAACGCCGAAAUCAGGCAAGAAGAGCAAGAAAUCUGACAAGAAGGAAGAAGAUGGUGCAGAUGAGGAGGACUUUAGUAAGGUUUAUGCCGAGCUAGUGAAACUGGCUCUUAAGGAGCAGGAGAAAGUCAAGAUCUGA